AUGGGCAGUUUUGACUGGCAAGAGAAGGGUCAGUACAAGGUCAACGAGAACACAAAGACAAAGGCGAAGAAGUUCUCGCGGUACCAGGUUUACGAGUAUGUCAAGAAACAUAAUAAGUCGAGCAGGGGAGAGGUCGAGAUUCUGGUUGAGGAGGAGAAGGACCGCAUCAACAAGACAAGGGCGACUUUAAAGAGUUACCAGAGCGUUGAAUUCGCCGGCGGCGGUGACUACGAAGACUUCUUCGACUGCCCCUCGUGGUGA